AUGUCGGACAAAGAAGUCCCCGAUGGGAAGGUGCAGGAGCGUGAGAACAUUGUAUAUGAUGUCGACGAAAUUGAACCACACAACGGCGAAGUUCUCUUGACCGUCGACUCCGAGGGCAAGGGCAGUUCAGAUCUCAAACUCGCCAAAGACGGUCGGACCAUCUUGAUCCCGCAGCCCACGGAUGACCCCGAGGAUCCACUGAACUGGAGCUCUUUCAAAAAGCACAUGGCUUUGAUCCUCGUGGCCUUUGGUUCCUUUGCCGGUGACUUUGGCGCCGGCGCCGGCGUGCCUCUGAUCUUCCUGCAAGGUGCGCAGUGGGGGCUUCCACCCGCCGAGGUCAAUCGUCCCAACAGUCUUGCCGCCGUCAUGUGUGGUGUCUCUGGCAUUCUCUGGAUGCCCCUCCUAAACUCUUGGGGCAGAAUCCCUGUGCUCUUCUGGUCUAGCUUUUUGGGUUUCUUCUUCACUCUGGGGGCGGUCCUGGCACCAAACUUUGCCGUCCACUAUGGGAUGAGGACUCUCCAGGCCGUGACGCAGAGCACCGGACAGACCAUCGGCCUGGCCUUUGUCGAGGACUGCUUCUUCUACCACGAACACGCACGGAAGAUCGGCAUCUGGUACGCCAUCUACAUCUGCUCACCGUUCCUCUCUCCGCUCUUGGCCAACUUUAUCAUCGGCAAAACGGCCAAUUGGCACAUCAUUUUCUGGGUGACGCUCGCUUGGUCAGGGUUCUUGAUCAGCCUGAUCCUCCUCUUUGGCGACGAGACCUAUUACAAUCGCACCGUUCCCCGGGAGCGACAGCCUCCUCGUGGCAAGGGACACAUCAAUCGCCUCCUGCGCGUCACGGGCAUUUGGCAGAUCCAGCAUCACUCCGGCUACUUUGCCACCGUCCUGAGCUCAUACGUUCGCCUCGUGACGGUCUUUUUGAAGCCUGUCAUUGCCCUCACCAUGCUCUUCUAUGCAGCAGUCUUUAUGUGGAUGAUUGGGCUCUUCCUCUCCUCGGCUGUCCUACUGGCCACUCCAAAGGCUGCAGGCGGCUACGGCCUCUCGUCGAUAUCGGUCGGAUGUGUGUUCUUCGCGCCAAUCGUCGGUGUCCUCCUGGGCGAACUCUUUGGCCAUUUUUUCAACGAUUUUAUCGUCAAGUUCUAUGCCCGGCGCCAUGGAGGGCAUUUUGUCCCCGAGGUGCGGCUGUGGACGACCUACAUCGGCCUGGCCGUGAUCGUUCCUGGCUUGGUUAUUGUGGGCGAGACAUUCCAGCAUCAACUCAGCGUGGCGGCUCUGGUGUUUGGCUGGGGGAUGGACGUCUUCGGGGUACUGGUGACCUCGGUGGCCACCAUUGCGUUUGCCCUGGACUGCUAUCCGUCCGCCUCGGGCGAGGUGUCGGCCUUGAUCAACAUGGCUCGUGUGGGGGCGGGAUUUUCCGUCCCCUACUUUAUCGAAGAAUGGACGGCCAAGCAAGGGUAUGCCACGGCGUUUGGGCUUCAGGCCGUUGUGGUCGUCGUGGCCUACGCUAUUGUCAUCUGCAUCCAGCUAUUUGGCGCCAGGCUUCGGGCCUGGGCUGGUCCUGUGCGCCACCUGCAGAUAAGCAAAUGA